AUGUCUGCUCUUCGAUCCCAGCCGUUGCAACCGCUUAAUAGUGGGCAGUUGAAUGCCCGCACUAACAGCGUGACGCCCGUCAAGCCGGUUAAACGCUACAAGGAAAACUUGCAGCAGGUGGAGCAGAAGCAACAGACCAAGAAGAAGAAGGAGAAAUUGUCGGCUCUAUGCAAGACUCCUCCGUCCGUGGUGAGAACAAGAAAUGGCCGGGACUACCGCCGUGGAAACUUUUUGGGUGAAGGCGGCUUUGCGCGGUGUUUCCAGAUGAAAGAUGCCUCCGGCCAGAUAUAUGCUGCUAAAACCGUCGCCAAGGCGUCGAUCAAGAAUGAGAAAACCAAAACCAAAUUGUUAUCCGAAAUCAAAAUACACAAGUCUUUGAAGCAUCCCAACAUUGUCAAUUUUGUCGAUUGCUUUGAAGACGACAUCAACGUCUAUAUCUUGCUUGAGAUUUGCCCCAACCAGUCCUUAAUGGAGCUUUUGAAAAACAGGAAAAGAGUCACCGAGCCCGAGGUUCGCUAUUUCAUGGUUGAAGUUGUCGGCGCCAUCAAGUACUUGCAUUCGAGACGAGUUAUCCACCGAGACUUGAAAUUGGGCAACAUUUUUUUCGACCCUGACAUGAACUUGAAAAUUGGCGAUUUUGGUCUUGCCUCGGUGUUGCCCACCACCGAUUCCAAAAAAUACACAAUUUGUGGAACUCCAAACUACAUUGCUCCCGAGGUCUUGGGCGGCAAGAACACUGGCCACGGUUUUGAGGUGGACAUUUGGGCAAUCGGUAUCAUGAUGUACGCCCUUUUAGUCGGCAAGCCUCCCUUCCAAGCCAAAGAUGUAAAUGUCAUUUACGAGAGGAUCAAAAAGACUGAAUACUAUUUUCCAGAAGACAAGCCAAUCUCCGAAUCCGCAAAACAACUCAUCAAGGAUUUGUUGAGCUUGAACCCGUUGAAUAGACCAACCAUUGAUGAAAUAUUGAGCUACGAGUGGUUCAAAGGUCCAUUCCCCGACCGCACGAGAGAAGUUAGCUUGCUUGAAGCACCGGAAGGUCUCGAGUACAUCUCUCGAGUCCAAUCGUCGAUCAACUUCAAGUCUGCCAAGGAUAUGGCCGGCAUUUACACGCCCAAGAGCAAGAAUCCGGUUGAGAUAUUGAGGUCGGACUUGCACUCUGAACAGCCAAAGGCAAUGCUUCCUCAAUCGCUUUCACCCAACAACACCAAGAACAAAUAUCAAGAAGUUGAACCCGAUCAACUUGGCAGGCCAAAGAGAGUCAACUUCAACUCGCAAUUUUCCACAACGAUCAAGCGGCUCAACGAAACGUGCUUUGAAACGUACCAAAACAUUCGAAGGUUGGAGCAUUCCAAGCACGAUGCUAUAGACGCGAUGGAGUUGCCCAAAUGCGAGAAUCCCACCUUGAUCAGUAAAUGGGUCGACUACUCCAACAAGUACGGCUUUUCGUACCAGUUGACGAAUGAUGACAUUGGCGUGCUUUUCAAUGACGAGAAUACUUUGCUCAAGCUCCACAAUUCAAACAAGUUUUUGGAGUUGAUCUACCACGAAGACGAAGGAUGGACUUGCAUUGAAAACUCGUUGGCACAUCCUCCCGUGCAAGCUAAAAGACAGUUGGAAAUUGUCGAUUUUUUCGCCAAGUACAUGAACAGCAACCUUUCCAAAGUGAGUGAAAACGAGGAAAGGAAAGAAGUUGUGUUUUUGAGACGUUACACAAGAACACCCGAAUACAUCAUGUUUGAAAUGACAAAUGGCAAUUUCCAAUUCAAUUUUAAAGACCACCAUAAAAUCUGCAUUUCAAAGUCCGGUUUAGCAAUAACUCACAUAUCCCCCAAUAGAUUCACGCAAACGCAUCCGUUGAUUCUAAUCAUGCAACAGGGAGACUUCCCCAAGGAGCCUGUUCCAGAUUGCUCAAGGAAGAUUGCUAUUAUCAAAGAGGCUAUUAAAAAGAGGGCAUUCAAGGAGACAUAA